CUGGUGCUGAUGCAGGAUGGCUGAGCGCGCAGGAGCCCGGGAGGUCUGAGCCGGGCGAGGCUCGCUCCCUGCGCAUCGCCUCGUCCGCCGGCCGCGUGGUCGCGGGCAGGUGGGCCCGGAGCGCCGCGCCGGGCCAGGGCAAGGCCAGGGAAGGCAGGUCUGCAGCCGGAGGGGCCGGAGGCUGAUAGAAGCCUACCCGGUCUGGGAGCGGCCCGAGCUGCCCAGCCCGCCGAGUUCGCGAUGACCUGCUGAGAAGCUUCGUCGGAGGCUGCAGGAGGCGGCCUCGCUGCAGGCGGUGCGGUUCGUGGCCUCCUCCCUCGUCCUGCUGAGCCCCGGCCCCCCACCCAUCCCCGCGCCCCCUCCCUGCCGCCGGCCGAGAUGGCGGAUCCAGCUGAAUGCAGCAUCAAAGUGAUGUGCCGGUUCCGGCCCCUCAACGAAGCGGAGAUUCUCCGAGGGGACAAAUUCAUCCCCAAAUUUAAAGGCGAUGAGACCGUGGUGAUUGGGCAAGGGAAGCCAUAUGUCUUCGAUAGAGUGCUGCCUCCCAGCACGACCCAAGAGCAGGUUUACAAUGCGUGUGCAAAGCAAAUUGUCAAAGAUGUCCUUGAAGGUUAUAAUGGGACGAUUUUUGCAUACGGACAGACCUCAUCAGGAAAAACGCACACCAUGGAGGGGAAGCUACAUGACCCUCAACUCAUGGGGAUCAUCCCAAGGAUUGCACAUGACAUCUUUGACCACAUCUAUUCCAUGGAUGAAAACCUGGAGUUUCACAUCAAGGUUUCCUAUUUUGAGAUCUACUUGGACAAAAUCAGGGACUUACUCGAUGUAUCCAAGACGAACUUGGCUGUUCAUGAAGAUAAAAACAGAGUCCCAUAUGUAAAGGGGUGUACCGAGCGGUUUGUGUCAAGCCCCGAGGAGGUCAUGGAUGUGAUAGAUGAGGGCAAAGCAAACCGACACGUGGCUGUCACAAACAUGAAUGAACACAGCUCUAGAAGUCACAGUAUCUUCCUGAUUAAUAUUAAGCAAGAGAAUGUAGAGACCGAAAAAAAGCUCAGUGGGAAGCUUUAUCUAGUUGAUUUGGCUGGGAGCGAAAAGGUCAGCAAGACCGGUGCCGAGGGAGCUGUUCUCGAUGAAGCUAAAAAUAUCAAUAAAUCUUUGUCUGCUCUUGGAAAUGUGAUCUCUGCCUUGGCAGAAGGGACAAAAACACACGUGCCAUACCGGGACAGCAAGAUGACUCGGAUUCUUCAGGACUCUCUGGGUGGGAACUGUAGAACCACCAUCGUUAUUUGCUGUUCUCCCUCUGUCUUCAAUGAGGCUGAGACCAAGUCAACACUGAUGUUUGGGCAAAGGGCUAAGACCAUCAAGAAUACAGUCUCGGUGAAUCUGGAACUGACAGCAGAAGAAUGGAAGAAGAAAUACGAAAAAGAGAAAGAGAAAAACAAGACUCUGAAGAACGUUAUCCAGCAUCUGGAGAUGGAGCUAAACAGAUGGAGAAAUGGAGAAGCUGUGCCUGAGGAUGAACAGAUCAGUGCUAAGGACCAGAAGACCCUGGAGCCCUGUGAUAACACCCCCAUCAUAGACAAUAUUGCUCCUGUUGUUGCUGGCAUCUCUGCAGAGGAGAAGGAGAAGUAUGAUGAGGAGAUCUCCAGUCUCUACAGACAGCUGGAUGAUAAGGAUGAUGAAAUUAACCAGCAGAGCCAGCUGGCUGAAAAGCUAAAGCAGCAGAUGUUGGAUCAGGACGAGCUUUUGGCUUCCACGAGAAGAGACUAUGAGAAGAUCCAGGAAGAGCUGACACGUCUCCAGAUUGAGAAUGAGGCAGCCAAGGAUGAAGUGAAGGAAGUUCUCCAGGCCCUAGAAGAGCUGGCUGUCAAUUAUGACCAGAAGUCUCAGGAAGUGGAGGACAAGACCAAGGCCAAUGAGCAGCUGACUGAUGAGCUGGCCCAGAAAACGACGACACUGACAACCACACAGAGGGAGCUGAGCCAGCUACAAGAGCUUAGCAACCACCAGAAAAAGAGGGCUACUGAGAUCCUGAAUUUGCUGUUGAAGGAUCUGGGGGAGAUAGGUGGAAUUAUCGGCACCAAUGAUGUGAAGACUUUGGCAGACGUGAAUGGAGUCAUUGAGGAGGAAUUCACCAUGGCCCGCCUGUACAUCAGCAAGAUGAAGUCGGAGGUCAAAUCCCUGGUGAACCGCAGCAAGCAGCUCGAGAAUGCCCAGAUGGACUCCAACAGGAAGAUGAGUGCCAGCGAGCGGGAACUGGCAGCGUGUCAGCUGCUCAUCUCCCAGCAUGAAGCCAAAAUCAAAUCCCUGACAGACUACAUGCAGAACAUGGAACAGAAGAGGAGGCAGCUGGAAGAGUCCCAAGACUCGCUCAGUGAAGAGCUGGCCAAACUCCGAGCCCAAGAAAAAAUGCACGAAGUCAGCUUCCAGGAUAAGGAGAAGGAGCAUCUGACGCGACUGCAGGACGCGGAGGAGAUGAAGAAGGCCCUGGAGCAGCAGAUGGAGAGCCACCGGGAAGCUCACCAGAAGCAGCUGUCCAGACUUCGGGAUGAAAUCGAGGAGAAGCAGAAAAUCAUCGAUGAGAUUCGGGAUUUGAAUCAGAAGCUGCAACUGGAACAGGAGAAGCUCAGUUCUGAUUAUAACAAGCUGAAGGUAGAGGACCAGGAGAGGGAAAUGAAACUGGAAAAGCUCUUAUUGCUCAAUGAUAAAAGGGAACAAGCCAGAGAGGACCUCAAAGGGCUGGAGGAGACAGUGUCUCGGGAGCUGCAGACUCUGCAUAACCUCCGGAAACUCUUUGUCCAGGAUCUGACUGCCCGGGUUAAAAAGAGCGUGGAGCUGGACAGCGAUGAUGGAGGGGGCAGUGCUGCCCAGAAGCAGAAAAUUUCCUUCCUGGAGAAUAACCUGGAGCAGCUCACGAAGGUUCACAAACAGCUGGUCCGGGACAACGCCGACCUGCGCUGCGAGCUGCCCAAGCUGGAGAAGCGGCUGCGCGCCACGGCGGAGCGCGUCAAGGCCCUGGAGAGCGCACUGAAGGAGGCCAAGGAGAACGCCAUGCGGGACCGCAAGCGCUACCAGCAGGAGGUGGAUCGCAUCAAGGAGGCCGUGCGAGCCAAGAAUAUGGCCAGGAGGGCCCACUCGGCCCAGAUCGCCAAGCCCAUCCGCCCUGGACACUACCCAGCAUCGUCUCCGACGGCCGUCCACACCAUCCGAGGGGGAGGAGGCAGCUCUUCAAACGCCACUCACUACCAGAAAUAAAUACGAAAUACGGCUCUCCACGUAGCAUGUCAAGGACUCCAUUAAUCACCAAUUCCUUUAUUCCCCACCCCCUCCACAACUUCCAUUUUCUUUUACACUUGCUUACCCCAGCCAUCUGCAGUACACCAGUUUCAGAUAUUUGAGCUGUGUAGAAUCUCUGUGUGUACAGAUGUGUGCUUGGACUUUUCUCUUCCUGAGAAAUCUGAAGGGGCUGAUUACAGAAGAUCCGCUUACUCCUGGGAACGAGGCCCAGGGACUAGGCUGUUGGGUGGUCUCUGGGCGGCCCCUGGAGCCUCCUUCCUUGGUAGUGUGCCAUCCCAGCAAACGCCCUCACGUGCCGUUCCCUGGGGGGGAUCAACCAAGUGCUGUGGAGGCGGGGGGCUCAUGCUCUGCUGCAGCUGUCUGGUUUCCUGUGAAAUAAACACAUUCCUUUAUAUUUUUAGGGAACAAAAAAAAAAAAGUGCUGCUACGAGGUUCAAAAUUUUCAUUCUGAACACUUUUCCGAAACAAAUCACCCCAAAGAAGCAUUUUGAAUCCCCCCCGGUCACAUCUUUGGAUCUGUAAAAACACCUUUUAGGAGGGCACCUGUUAAGCAAAGCAAAUUUCUUCAAGGCAGAAAAACAAUCUGACGGUAGCGAUGUAGAAUUUGUUCAUUCAAACACAUCCAUGUAAAUGCAGAAAAUCAUAAAAUUCACCUGAGCUGCUUGCUACUAAACCUGCAGCAACUAGUCUCAGCCAGCCCAGUUUGAACAUCCUUCCUUCGGAAGUGUUGAAAAUGCUGCAAAGUUGGAUGAUUGGAAAUAGGGUGGCCCUCCUGGCCGCCUCCUCCCUGAUCCUACUGGAGCUCGCACUGGGGAUGGCCUCUUUCCGUAAGGGAACCAUCUUAAGCCUGGAGGGGGUACGGCCAGUUGAAAUCCAGGAUCAAUUCCAGCAGUUGGAAAAGGAAGCCUCGGGGUGGGGGCGGGGGAGUGACUGACGCAUUUUUGUGCCUACGAAUAAGUUGUUAUUUUAACCCUUCAUUGCUGAAUGUUUGUUUGACUUCUCUCUCGGGCAUCAGAUAGAUUCGUCUUCUUAGGCAGAAUGUGAAGAAAUCAGUAUGGAUGGAUUUUUUUACAUUUAACUAUUGGUUUUUUCCAACAUACGAAUUUAAAGCUGAAUCAACUCUUACUUCCAGUUGCGGAUUUUAAAAGGAUUGAUUUCCAAGUAGGAAAGUCUUCAGGGAAGCUGACAAGGAUUCAGUUAACGUGGUCUUUUGUGCUGCUACUGGUUUUGACAAAUUUGAGGGUAAGUCGGUGGCAACCAGACCCGUCUCCAUGAACACCCCCACCCGAUCUGGGUGCCUGCCCGCGAUGAGCGAGCUGUCACCACUGGAAUGAAACGUAGGCCGGGGAGACAUUGAGCUUUCUCUUCACUGUGUGAGUUGUAGUUCGAGGGCGUGUGUGUGUGUCUGAGGACUGUGAAUUGACUUCCAAACUUCUCUUGUAAAAAUUUCCCUAACACAGCAGAGCUGCUUUGACUUAAUUUAUUUGUUAAAUGUUGAACUUUGUUUAUAUGUGUUUUGUUUUGGGGGGGGGGCAGUAAAGAGAAAGAAGAAGACCAAUUCUAGUGAAAUAUUUAUUUCACAAACAUGACGAUUUUGCAUUCAUUUACACUUCAAAAAUUCUUUUGAUUUUCUUAUAUUGCCAGUACUUGCCCAAUAGAGCUGCUCCAUGACUGUUUGCAGUCUGAUAGAAGGGCCCUUGUAGGGCAGGUUUUGCAAACUUGAUCAGGUAAUAACAUAUGCCAUAGAUUAUAAUCUUUUGCUGUGAAUAUGUUUGGCUCUGAUUUUAGAAGCUAAAACAUUGGUCUUGGAGAGGAUUGCCAAUUAAUAGUUGUCAUACCACUAUUGUCUAUUAUGCAACUGUAUUUAUGUGUGGAAAUUGAACAAAGGUCAAUAAUUCUUUUUUGGGGCUCUCUUGUUAAUAGAUUAUUUUAAAUUCUCCCCAAAGUAACUUUUCCCUGGGUACCCCUUUUCUAUUUCUAAAGAAUUGCUUGGCCCUUUCAUGUUUCAAAAAGAGCCACAUGUUUCACUUGUAGUCCCGUAUUUUUUGAUCUCCACAAAGGACUCACAAAAUUCACACGACUUUUAUUCACAGAGAAAGUUGGCUUUGAUGUCUCUUAAAGAUAAUUCUGCUACUUGCUGAUCAGCCAGUCAGUUCACCUAGCUUCAAUCUUUAUAGGACCUCAAAAUUAACUUUCCUACACUGUGACUAAAAGAUGGGCAGAUUAUUGGAAUGGAUUCUACAGCAUAUUCAAGUGGAUCCCUAAAUAUUACUUUAUAUGAUAAACUAAGAUCAGGACCAUAUCCUCUGUAGGCCACUUUUUAAAAAGCCACAUUUAUGCAACUUUCAUUUUUUUAAAAAAUUAUUACUCCUUUACAUUUGUACUCUAAAUAUAAAAACCACACUUCUGAAUGGCUGAGCCUGUGAUUAUAUUUUUGUUUGUAUGCUACUUUUUGUGAGAGAGAGAGAGAGAGAACGUGUGUUUCUCCUUUGUGAAUAAUUUUCUAUCUCAUGCUUCUUCUUGAAAGUUUACUUUUUGAUGCUAAUAAGGGAAUAGCCAGAUGGUUUAUACAAAUAAUCUCUACCUGCAGGAUGGUGGAUUGUUAAAUUAGAGAAAUGCUGUUUGGGAUAUCAAGAUUUAUGGUUGGAUUCAACUUAACCAAUUACAUUUUUAUAAUGGAGUAUAUUCCUUCAUUGACUGUAUUAUCAAUUCAUAAAGUGCUUUUAAAACUUUAAAAGAUUUAUGGUUGGAGACUAAAAUAUAUUAAUGCCAAAUGUGUUUUGGUCAAUUACUAGAGAAUUCUGUACAAAUGCAUCAUCUCUUCAAAUGCUGUACAGUUUGCUUGUUUGAAUGGCAGGUAGUAGGGAGAAUAAAUGUGGAGUAAGACUUAAAGGAAAUAGUAUCAUGUGAUUACAAAAAUUAGAGUUCAUAGAAAUAUUGGUGUAAACGAAGAAAUAAAAAUAUUUGUCUAGAAUGUAGCAUCUAGUGACUUUUUGAUGCCCUAACUUCACAUGAAGGAGUGAUAGUUCUGUCCAAGGCCAGACUGAGCCAUCACCAAGACUCAUGGGGAAUUAUCGGUUCUCUUUUCCUAGAGGAAUAACUGGAAGCAAAUAAAAGUCUUUAACAGUCCCCUUUUUGAAGUGUUUUUGUUCUGUUUUGUUGUUUUUAGCAGGGCAGAAGACAUUUAGAGUCUGGCUACAUGACCUAUUGGGGAAGUUUUUCACUGGGAGGGGGUAGGGGGAAGGUUUCACUUCAUUGUCUCACCCCUAAUAUUUUGAGCGAGCUAAAGGAACCAUUGUAGUUUAAAAUGGUUUCAUUUAACACUAACAAUUUAGCCUUUCUAAAAGUAUUGAAAAAAAGGGCUAGGUAACUGCCGAAGGAAGCCUUGCUCCAUGAAGUCUGCUUACACAUUUACAUCUUGUGCACCAGUUUUAAAGACUUUUCAUCGUGUGCAGAUAUAAGGGGAAUAGGGCAUUCUGUAGGAUUAUACAUGUCUAGUUUGUAAAGUAUGUAAUGUGUACUGCAGAUGUGUGUUCUGGGGCUUUAUGUAUCUGUACAGUAGCUCUCAUUAAAAAAAAAAAUUUGUGGACAAACUUGUUUUGGUGGUUUGAGGGGGAAAAUGGCUGUUUAUACCAAGUAAUGAUGCUGUAAUAUAUAGUACAUGUAACGAAAGAUCUGGAAGUAACCCUUCCCUGGCCCGUGGGAAAUUUUGGUUAUCCUCUAGGUUCUAAAAUGAAGAUGUAUGGAUACUCUGGCAGACUGCAUGUUGUAUAAUUUGAAAAAUACUAAAAGUGGAAAAUAAAAUUGAGUUAAACUUUGUCUGGUCUGUUUUUUCUUGAGUUAUCCUAAAGGCAUUCCCAUUGAAGGCCUCAAUGCCCGAGUCGGGAUGAACCGUUGUCUGGCCUCAGAA